AUGUGGAAAGCAGCACUCUUGACCUUAUUGUUGGUGGCUCUGGUACACAGGGUGGGCUGCAGUGAGGGGCAUCCCUCUUUCUAUGGGGUGAAACUGUGUGGAAGAGAGUUCAUACGGGCUGUCAUCUUCACAUGCGGUGGUUCUCGCUGGAGGAGAGGUGGAGACUCAGCUCUUAUUGGAGAGGAGCUCCUCGAUCCGUGGAGCAAAAAUUUCACCCCUCAGCUCUCUAGCGAACAGGAUCCUGAUGAGUCCCGAGCGUGGAAAGAUCAAAUGUUGGCAUCCCUGGCUGCUGGGUUCAGCCGUCCAGUCUCAGAGGAGAUGCUGGAGGCUGUGCGGAGCGCUGACAGGAAAGGACGGGACGUCGUGGUCGGGCUGUCCAACGCUUGCUGCAAGUGGGGCUGUAGCAAGAGUGAGAUCAGCUCUCUGUGCUGAAUCUGGUCCCAUCUCGUGUCGUUUUUCUUUUUCUUUACAUGCACCUAUUUAAAUAUUGCAUACUAACGUACAAUAAAUGACUUUACAUCAAAA